CCUGUGUGACUUAAGAUUUCAAUGAUCUCCUUCCAGGUGCAUUGGCAUGAUACAUGGAGUUGCAUAUCCACUUUGGUACAACACUAUCUUCUGCAAUGUUUAUCUGAGACCGUAAAAACCUAUUGAUCAUGGAAAGGAGAGAAAUAUGCAUCACACACACAUAAUGCCCAGCUGAGCCCAGUGUUGACAGAGCAUGUGGAUGGUUCUGGAUGUCUGUUGUGUUAGUGCUGAUCUUCAGUAAUGAUUGGCCAGCAGAAGCUUCUCUCGCUGUGGGUUUUGCUGUUGCUCACUGCAGCUCUGUGCCCAGGUGUGAACAGUAAGCGUGGCUUUAAAGGUCGUGGAAAAGGUGAUGAUGAUGAUGAUAAAGCGCCUUCCUCUCCAAGCAAAAGCCUCUCCAAGAAGGGCCUGAAGUGGGCAGGAGCAGCAGCAGCAGCCGGGAUGCUGGGAGGCACCGGCACCGGACUGGGGUUCUUUGGUAAAGGAAAACACGGAUCUGGGAAACAUCAUGGCCACAAGACGUCCUCUUCCGAGCAUGAUCAGCGGCCUCAUCACAACGAAAACCAGAGAUUUCACAACCAUUCCCUCUGGAGAGCCUUUGUUAAGUCAGCUGCCCCCGCUUCUACCACUAACAUCUGCAUCACACUUGGGAAUGUGUUGUCCUUCCUGAUAGUAGCCUGGAUCAGGGACUUUUGAGCAACGUCUGAUCACAGGAAAAGCAUUCAGUCAUUAAACCAAAUGAAAUAAAAGCUAUUUUAAACAA